AUGGAUAGUCCGGCGAGUGACGCCGAGAUGGAGGAUGUCGAUGACAAUUAUCCUCAAGUCCUCGGCGAUCCCCCGGUUGAUGGCGACUCGGAUUCAGAUAAGGAAGAUUCAGUUCCGAAUCUGGAUGAAGGUUAUGACCCUACACCGGAUGCAAACCUGAUCUCUAACUCAGAUUUGGAUUUGGAUUCCGGCGUUAAGGACGCAGAUGAUGAUGAUUAUCAAGAGUACGAUGAUCAAGAUGAUUACGACGAAGCCGCGCCGGUCAAGGGACGGCCGAUAGAAAUAGUAAUCCCACGGCCCUCCCGUCCAUCCGACUAUCAACGUAUACCUCCUAGCGAGGUAGUAGAAAGACUCCUAGGUCUAUUUCAGGUUGCCAAGGAUCUCUACUACAACAUAGAAUACCAAGAUGGUCACAUUGGUCUAUUAGCAUAUGAUGAUUUGAUCCAAUUGGAAAAUGGAUCAUAUGCUCUACGCCAAUAUCAACGCGAGCACCAAGAUCCAAGAAUUAGCCUAAACCAGCUCUCUUUUAGCAAGCACCCUGCAAAGCGUGCUCUCCCGGAAGACGAUUACGAUGAAUCAGACUCGGAUCACCCUAAACGUCAGCAGAAGCGACCCAGGUCGUCAACUCCUGUUCAACCCGCUCGCAGAAGUGCUCGACAAGCUUCUUUACAAGCAUACUGGGGAGAAUCAUCCGAUAAUAGUCGAAGAAAGAAACUCUUCAGUGGCUACUAUGGACUUUCCGAUGAUGAAGAUGAAGAUGAAGAUGAAGAACCUACGCCUCUCAAAAAGGCCUUCACGCGCCAAUCCAAAUUGCGUUUUUCUAGUGCGAGAGUCACCCGAUCCAUGAAUCCAACUCGUCAACAGGUUCAUAACAACUCCGAAGAUGAAUUGGCACAAUCCUCGGAUUCCGACCAAGAUGGGGACUAUACUGAAGCUAUUCCCUUCAUUCGUUCCGAUAUUGGCGGCGCGCAGUCACGCAAUAAAAAGCAUCGAGGACGCCCCUCGCUUGCUAGAUAUGUAGGCGACGACUCUGAGAUCGAGUUUGAGCCGGUUCGCAAAUCACAGAGAGCGAACAGGGUUACGAAGAGCAUGCGAGUUCCUAACGUUAAUGACGAGUACGAACAAAUACAUGCUGCGCCGGCUGCACAAAAGAUUGCUGCAGUGAAAGAGAAGUUUGAGGCUUAUUCCGAGGAAUCCGAAUUUCCAACCGUUCAUUCAGAGACGUGCGAAUCCUGUAACGAUAGAGGAGAUCACACCCAGGGCACUUUUAUACCAUGCCAAGGCUGCUCUCUCUCCUUCCACAAGCAUUGUAUUGGCGCACGCUCUAUGCGUGACCACCGAGCCACAAAGGUUGCCCAAGAUAAGUUCGUACUCCAGUGUAAGUUCUGUAUCGGAUUGUAUCAGUCAAAAGACUAUCGCGCUCCCGAUUAUUCAUUGUGCCAAGUUUGCAAGCACCCGGGUGUCUCGUGUGAGGCAUUCUCACUGAAGAAAACCACAAAGGAAGAAGAAGCCGUUAGGGUCCAGAAUGGAGGGGAAGAUCCAAUCGCACAGAUUGAACCCAGUCUCAUUGACAAUGAGAACAAUGUGCUCUUCCGCUGCACAGGGUGUAAGCGUACCUACCACUGGGAGCAUCUGCCUCCGCUUAAUUCAGACACCUUGGCUGGAGCAAGCAUUCGCGACGAGCGUCUUGAAGAGUAUUCUAGGGCUGGAUGGCGAUGCAAAGAUUGCCAGGAGACACAGUUAAAGAUACAUGCAUUAGUUGCAUGGCGCCCUGCUGAUCAGAGCACCUAUACUAAGAGUCAACUAAUCAAUGAUCUCAAUGCUGAUCAAAUUGAAUACUUGGUCAAAUGGGAUGGCCAGUCACAUUAUCACGACACUUGGAUGCCCGGAGCUUGGGUAUUCGGUGUAGCUACGGCACCUAUGCGCAAUGCAUUCUUGAAACGCGAGAACACCGAAUUUCCAAAGAUGACGACCGAGUCUGCUAUCGAGGAGGAAUGGCUAUUGGCUGACGUUAUCCUUGCUGUGAAAUACCAACGUGGUUCAAGUGCUUCCUCCAAAGCGCAAGACCUAGCCCGCAUCUCGGAUGUGGUGGCAGUAUAUGUCAAAUUUCAAGGUCUGGGUUACGACGAAGUAGUUUGGGACGAGCCGCCGCCUCAAGAUUCCGGCGCACGUUGGGAUGCUUUUGUAGCCGCGUACGAGGAACAUCUUAAUGGAAGGUAUUUCCGAUCUGUUUCGGACCAACAAAUACGGGAACGGAUCAACAAGUACCGUUUGCUUGACUUCCAGAAAGAUUGCGAACUAAAAUCACAACCGCCCAGUUUGAGGGAAGGACGUUCCCUUAUGGAAUAUCAAAUGGAGGGCGUAAACUGGCUGCUUUACAAUUUUCACCAGCAGCAGAACGUGAUUCUUGCUGACGAGAUGGGCCUCGGCAAAACGAUCCAGAUUGUUUCAUUCAUCAGCGCUCUUGUACAAGACCGACCCAAGGUUUGGCCAUUCCUUAUUGUCGUUCCGAAUUCGACGUGUCCCAACUGGCGUCGCGAACUGAAAAGCUGGGUUCCUGGUAUUCGAGUAGUAGCAUACCAUGGUGGUAAGGUCUCUCAGGAUCUUGCAUUCACACAUGAACUCUUCCCCAAUGGCGUUAGGGACGGGAUGAAAGCACACGUCGUAAUCAUGUCUUACGAAGCAGCCGUUACAUUGAAAAGCACUUUCAACAGUGUCAAGUGGGCUGGUUUGGUAGUCGAUGAGGGCCAACGGCUCAAAAAUGAGGACACUAUCCUAUACAAAACCUUGACUGGAAUGAAUAUUCCUUGCAGAGUUCUUCUAACAGGCACACCGUUGCAGAACAACAAGAGAGAGCUUUUUAAUCUUCUCCAGUUUAUUGACCCUCGAAACGACGCUGAAGAGCUUGAUGCGAAGUAUGCUAUUUUAACCAAGGAGAAUAUUCCAGAGAUACAUAGUCUCAUUCGCCCCUACUUCUUGCGACGCACUAAACUUCAGGUCUUGAAGUUCUUGCCACCAAUGGCUCAAGUCAUUGUACCCGUUACUAUGACAUUAUUGCAGGAGAAACUAUGCAGGUCUAUCAUGGCCAAAAACCCCGAGCUUGUAAAAGCUAUCGUCUCAAAAAGAAAGCUAACCAAGGGCGACCGAAAGACACUUGGUAAUAUUAUGAUGGACCUCCGGCAAUGUCUUUGCCAUCCGUUCUGCUUCAACAGCGAGGUUGAAGACAAAUUCGUGAGCGAUCAAGAGUUGCAGCGGAACCUUAUUGAGGCAUCACCAAAACUCAAGCUCCUUGAAAUCAUGCUCCCGAAGCUGAAAGAGAACGGCCAUCGAGUGCUUAUCUUCAGCCAAUUCCUAGGUUGUUUGGAUAUUCUCGAGGACUUCCUAACAUCGCUGGGUCUCAAGUACGGGCGUAUCGACGGAAAAAUUUCCGCCCUUAAGAAACAAAAGCAAAUUGACGCUUUCAACGCGCCAGACUCUUCACUAUUUGCUAUGCUUCUAUCGACACGUUCUGGCGGUGUCGGAAUCAAUCUUGCAACAGCAGAUACCGUCAUAAUUUAUGAUCCAGAUUGGAAUCCUCAUCAGGAUAUUCAGGCUAUUUCGCGAGCACAUCGCAUCGGUCAAAAGGAAAAAGUUUUAUGUUUCCAGCUCACCACCAAAAACACAGUUGAAGAGGAAAUCAUGCAAACAGGCAGGCGCAAGAUGGCCUUGGACCACGCAUUGAUUGAGAGUCUAGAUAGCGAAAACCAGGACGAUCGUGAUAUCGAGUCGAUCUUGACAAGAGGUGCAGAAUCGCUCUUUAGCGAUAAAGAUAAAGUCAAGAUCACAUACACCCCAGCCUCAGUUGACAAAUUACUUGACAGAAGCCAAGCUGAAAGCACAAAUGCUAACGACCAGACAGCCGAAACGCAAUUCUCAGUUGCACGCGUUUGGGCUAACGACACAGGCACAUUGAACGAUAACACCAUCAGUGCCGACGAUAACAACGCCCCGGCAGCUGACUCCAGUGUCUGGGAAAAUAUCCUCAGGCUUCGUGAGGAGGAGCAUCAGAAAGAGGUUGCUACUCAAAAAGCGGAGUAUGGUCGUGGUGCCAGGCGACGGGCUACUCAACCAAUCAAUUAUAACAGUGCCCUAGUAGGUGUCUUUGCCGGCAUUGACUCUGAUUCUGACGAAGAUGAAGAUGAAGACACAGAUGAGUUAACAGACGAGCAGCGCCCCAAAGCGGACAGCGACGGCGAUUCCGAUGUUGAUACGGAAGACGAACUAUACAUCGAUAAUGGUGUCGACGACGAUCUCGACGAUAACGAUGUUGACGCCGACGAUUACAAUGUCGAUGGACGUAGCGUUCAGGCUCUUGGUGGGAUUAAGCAGGAAAUCCCGGCGGCAAAGAUUAAGGCUCCCAAAGCUUCUCCAGGGCUGACGACGGACGCCCCCGAACCCCCCCGCGCAGCUCUUCCGCAAACAACUCUUCAGAGCAUGACUCCAACGUCAUGGAAAUUGACGAACAGGAGUUUACAAGUCGGCGAGAGAGCGAUACAGACUCGAGAGUUACUGCCCCCGAUUCCGCGCCCAAGCCUCCCACAGAUGAAUCCAAACCCUCAUCCCUCCAUCGUGAAGUCUAACCACAUAGUUCCGAUAUCUCAUCAUGGACAGCCUCCAAUUGCGGGCGUUCUUCCUUCGACUACGAAUAUUGCUCCCCCGAAUUUGCCACCUUCAAACAUACUGAAAUCAAGUCAUACUACUGUUCCGCGACCGCGUGGUCGGCCGCGCAAAUACCCCUCUAACAAUCCCCCCAAACCCCCUUCUACUGAACAACCUACUAAACCUUCUCCUAAUGUUUCCCACGAUACGUCUCGCAACCCUUCUGACAAUAUACUCGCUUCUUUUACUGGCGAAGGAGGCAGCUGUUUAAUAUGCAAGACCAGACACCCCCCGAAUACUACAUGCGUUGAUUUUAGUUCCGAGGUCUCGAUUCGACUCGCUAUCGAUUCCCUCAGGACUGGUGGAGAUCAUCCUAAAGUCCUGGCCUUCAAGAAUCUUCUAAUCAACUAUCUACGAGCCAUGGCAGGAUGA